CCUCUCCCUAACAACAUCACUGCUGGCCUACAGUGUAUUGGCUUUUGAGCUUGGAGUGGAGGGGUAGUGGUGGAAAAGGGGACUGUACUGAGAGGAGGCGGAGUAGCAGGUGACGCUUCGUUAGCUCUCCCGCCUACGGAGGAGAACCAGCUUCGGCCAGGCUUGUUUCGUAAUCGCUGUGAUUGCCUGCGCCUUCUGAGUGAAGCGAGCAUGGAGAGGCCGGCGUUCUUCGGGAGGCUCUUCUGUCGUCUGUCUACCUACAGCCUGAUCUGGGGCAUGGCAGUGGUGGUGUUGUGCAAGGCUCAAGUGCAAGUGGUGACCCAGGAUGAAAGAAAGCUGCUGAACACACCAGCAACCUUAAGCUGUUCUCUGCAAACUUCCCAGGAAGUCUUAAUUGUGACAUGGCAGAAAAAGAAGGCUAUAAGCCCAGAAAACAUGGUCACCUACAGUGAGAACCAUGGGGUUGUGGUCCAACCUGCCUAUAAGGACAGGGUAAACAUCACCGAGCUGGGAUUCCACAAAUCAGCCAUCACCUUCUGGAACACAACACUGGAGGAUGAAGGUUGUUACAUGUGUCUCUUCAAUACCUUUGGCUCUGGAAAGAUCUCAGGAACACCCUGCCUUACCCUCUAUGUACAGCCCAUAGUAUUCCUUGACUACAAUUCCUUUGAAGACCAACUAAACAUCACUUGCUCUGCCACUGCCCGCCCAGCACCUUUCAUCUCCUGGAAGGUCAGUGGGUCAGGGAUUGAGAAUAGUACUGAGAGUGUUUUGCAUCGUAAUGGGACCACAUCUGUCACUAGCAUCCUCCGGGUCAAAGAUGCCAAGAGUCAGGUUGGGAAUGAGGUGACCUGCCUGGUCCUGCACUUGGGAACUGUGACUGGCUACAAGAAGACUCUGAACAAAGGCUUUUGGUUUUCAAUUCCGUUACUGUUAAGCAUAGUUUCCCUGGUAAUUCUCCUGGUCUUAAUCUCAAUCUUACUAUACUGGAAACGUCAUCGGAAUCAGAACCGAGCACUCCACAGGCCAGAUGCCCAUUUAAGAGACUGUGAAAUUGUUCAGUACGAUCACUCAUUAAAUAACACUUCCUAUGUCACACUCCCAUGAUGUCUCAAACACUAUCGGCAGCAUACAGAGGCCUAGAGGAGUUACACAGAAUCAUGAAAGUUUUUCUCUGGUCUACUUGAAUUUGAUGGAAGAGGAUAACAGGAGGAAAACUGGUCAUUCUCCAAGGGAUCUAGAAGUGCAAACAAGGUGGAAGCAAGUGUUUUAAGAAAUCUGUGACUUUUCUCUGCCAUUUAAACUACACAGUGUUUGAAUUCUAACAGGAAGUCUUUUACCUGUCAGGCCUGUCGUAGGACUUGAUUUUGUAAAGCAGAGCUGCACUGAUAUUGAAAGGUUACUGGACUUAGAAUUUGGAGCACUGAGCUCACAGACUGGCUGAGGAUCCUGCAGGUGGGACCCCUAAGUUAGUGACUUUACCUCAUUGAGUUUCCAUGUCCUUACCCAGAAUAGAAAGGAAUUGGACCAAAUAAUUUACCAUGCAGUUCUACGAAUUGAUGUAAUUACAGGAAAAUGAAUAAGUCAAGGAAGACAUAAAAAGAG